ACGUAACAAUACAAACCUUAUAAAAUCAAUAAAUAAAAGUUAUUAAUAAUGUACUUCUUGUGGAAAGCGUUUGUAUUUUUAAUUUUCUUAUCCAGUAUACAAUGCGCUGUGGUGAAAAGGAAAACUUAUUCUGAGUUAAGGUCUUGUGAUAUUGGUGGCUUGGCAGAUGAAAUUGCUUCCUAUGAUACCGUCGUCAAAGAUAUUAUCGAAUACGUCUCCGGGCCGUUCAAGGGGAAGACAUACGAUGAGUUAGCUAAAUUCGUAGAUAAAUUUGGAGCCCGACCAUCAGGUUCUGUAGUGUUAGAAGACUCAAUAGACUACAUGAUUCAACUUACCCAAGAAGAGGGUAUUACUGACAUAACCUUAGAGGACGUAGAGGUUCCACAUUGGGUUCGAGGAAAUGAAGUUGCUACUAUGCUCAAACCUAGAGAAAAAAAUAUUGCUUUGUUAGGACUUGGAAGAAGUGCUAGUACUCCAGAAGAAGGAAUCACCGCUCAAGUCGUUGUCAUGUCAAGUUUUGAAAACUUGGAUGCCGCAAAAUAUGAAGAUAUAGAAGGAAAGAUUGUACUAUAUGAUCCUGUUUUUACGACGUAUGGUGAUACUGUGGUUUACAGAUCUCAAGGAGCUACCAAAGCGGCAGAAAAAGGAGCAGUGGCAGCUCUAGUAAGAUCAAUAGCUCCAUUUUCUAUAAACUCUCCACACACCGGCUCUCAGACCUAUGGUGAGAAUGUAACAAAAAUACCAACAGCUGCAAUUACUCUUGAAGAUGCUGACUUGAUAAGAAGAUUAUACAAUAGAGGAGAAACUGUCGAAUUAAAUAUAAAAAUGUCGUCGACGUUCGAUAUUAAAACGUCACGAAAUACAAUUAUCGACUUAAAGGGUAUUGAGAAGCCGGAGAAACUUGUAAUUGUAUCUGGACAUAUUGAUAGUUGGGAUGUCGGUCAGGGAGCUAUGGACGAUGGAGGCGGUCUAUUUGUUAGUUGGGCAGCUCCCGUUAUUCUAAAACAUUUAAAUUUAAGACCAAGAAGAACUGUUAGGUCUAUUUUCUGGACAGCUGAAGAAUUGGGAUUAGUAGGUGCAUAUGCGUACGAAGAGAAGCAUAGAAAUGAGAGUUCCAAUAUUAAUUUUAUCAUGGAAUCUGACGAGGGUACUUUUGCGCCGCUUGGUUUGGCAGUAGCUGGCACCCAAGAAGCUCGAUGCAUUGUUGCAGAAAUAUUAAAGUUGUUUGACUCUAUUAAUGCAUCCACUUUGGUAGAAGAUGAUAGCCCAGGAUCUGAUAUUGCAGUUAUAAUUAAAAACGGUGUUCCCGGUGCUAGCUUACACAACGCUAAUGAAAAAUAUUUCUGGUUCCACCACACCGAAGGAGAUACUAUGAAUGUCGAAGACCCGGAUGAGUUAGAUCUUUGCACUGCUUUUUGGACUGCUGUUUCUUAUAUAAUUGCAGAUAUUUCUGUAGAUAUUCCACGAUAAUGUUUUUUCCGUCUUCAAGAAUACGCAAAUUAUAAAAUAAUUGUGUACAAUUAAAUAUAAGGAUGAUAC